GUCGACUCCCAGCGGUACGUCACAUCAUGAGUUUGCUGGGAUAAAGAGGCUUUAUAUGGGGAUUUAAACUGAUGUCUAGACGAGCACAGAGGAAGCGAGGAAUUAUAUGCGCAGUCUCGUAGUCGACCUCUAUUCUUUAGACUCUGUAUUAAGCCAGCUGUGUUUUUAAUAUCGGCUGUUCAUAUACAAUCAUAGGAACGGAGGAAGCUAAUGUAGACUGUUAGCUGCGAGAAUUCAGAAGCCGAAUCGUUCAAGAGUCACACCCUAGUGUUCACUGUCCUCCCUCGGCCACGCGACCGCGGGUACAGAUGCGCGGCCACGCUUCUGGGUCCGGAUUACAGCGGGACUCUUCCCUGCAAAGAUCUCUGUGCUGAAACAACUAAGACGCAUCAAGAAAGUCAUAAGACUAUGUGUUCACCGAUGUACACGUUUGUUUUGAGAGAUGACAACAGUACUGUGUAUGCCGAGGUCGCCAAGAUCCUCAUCUCUACUGGGAAAUGGAAACGACUGAAGAAGGACAAUCCUCGGUUCAAUUUAAUGUUGGGAGAGAGAAAUCGGCUGCCUUUCGGACGGCUGGGUCACGAACCAGGACUGAUGCAGCUGGUGAAUUAUUACAGAGGAGCUGAUAAACUGUGUCGCAAAGCAUCCCUGGUCAAGAUUAUCAAGACCAGUCCAGAGUUAAAGGACUCCUGUAACUGGUUCCCUGAGUCUUACAUCAUAUACCCAACCAACCUCAACACCCCAGUGGCCCCGGCCUCCAAUGGCAUCGGCCACAUGAAGAGCAACCCAAAGACAGAUGAGCGAGAGGUCUUCUUAGCUUCUUAUAACUCCAGAAAGGAAAGCGGAGAGGGAACGGUGUGGAUCGCCAAAUCAUCAGCAGGUGCAAAAGGUGCAGGUAUUUUGAUAUCUCAUGAUGCAAAUGAGUUGCUUGAGUUCAUCGAUAAUCAAGGCCAAGUGCAUGUCAUUCAGAAAUAUCUGGAAAAACCGCUGCUGUUAGAGCCGGGACAUCGCAAAUUUGAUAUAAGGAGUUGGGUGCUUGUAGACCAUCAGUAUAAUAUCUACUUGUACCGUGAAGGAGUGUUGAGGACGUCUUCUGAGCCCUACAACAGCUCGGAUCUGCAGGACAUGACCAGUCACCUGACCAAUCACUGCAUCCAGGAGGAGCACUCGCAGAACUACGGCCGCUACGAGGAGGGCAACGAGAUGUUCUUUGAUGAGUUCAGACAGUACCUGUUGAGCACACACAGCGUUGCCAUGGAAACAUCGAUUUUACCUCAGAUCAAGCAUAUCAUCAGGAGCUGUCUGACAUGCAUCGAGCCAGCCAUCAGCACGAAGCACCUGUCCUACCAGAGCUUCCAGCUCUUCGGCUUUGACUUCAUGCUGGACGAGAGCUUUAAAGUCUGGCUAAUUGAGAUCAAUGGGGCACCUGCCUGUGCACAGAAACUCUACCCUGAGCUGUGUCAAGGCAUCGUGGAUGUAGCCAUCUCCACAGUCUUCUCUCUGAGUGCAGAUGCCAUCUUAUCCUCACCUCCGUUCUCCACUUCUCCAUCUCUGUCCUCCAACUCCUGCUCCUCCCCCAAGAUCAGAGCGCCUCAUCACUUCGGCCCAUUCAUCAAACUAUAAACUGCCCCUCCCCAUAGUCCUGCCCAAAAACAUCAACCAAUCUAGGAGGCAUAAGGAUGUACACCUGAUCUUGGGGAUGAGCAUGCAGGGGAUUCAUCACUGUCUGAAGAGGACAGAAGGGACAUGAGGUCACCCCUGUAAACUCCUCUUCCAAACCCAGAGGAGUCCACAAAGUAACGACUGGAAGGUGAGGAGAAUCCUGCACAUACUGAUGUAGCAGUACCCAGAAAAGUGUGAUUUGUUUUUAAAGACAAGCAUGCACACUUAUAAUUGAGACUACAGUUGUUUGAGGCUUUAACACUCAAAAGACGUGACUUUGCAAGCACACAUUUGAAUAAGAAGAGGAAGGUUUACAGUAGCUCCCUAGAUCUGUUGCAUCCACAAGACUCCUCAGGGCUUUCCCAGGCACCUUGAUCAAACGGAGGGUGGAUUUGAGACUUUAGUGCCUUACAUAUUCACGUCCUCGCUAACACUAACUCCCAACAAGCUACCUGGCUUUUUGUACGUCUGUAUGUGUCCCAUCAGCUCUGUUAUCUGUCAGAUCCGGUGUUUUAUGCUGAUAGCUUAACUGUGUUUUAAACCGUUUUGAAACCACAAAAGAAUCGUUCUCAGAUGCAUAUAUGUAUGAUUUGCAGUGUAUUGUACAUUGUUGUGAUGUCUUCAAAACAGUAUUUGGUAGAAAUGGCAGAAUAUAUGUUUGCUUGCAUAUUUAUUUGGGUUUUUUUUUAUUGUCUUGUUACUUAUUCUGACCAGAUUUCGUCUUCCCACUGAUUCUGUUGCUGUUAAUACAGACACAUUUUUGGUCUGGUUCAUAACUACUUUGUGACAGGCAAUCAAGCUCAUCUGGGAAUUGAGGACGCUCUUCCUUCUGCUUGAAUUGUCAGGGGACAAAUACUAGCAUUCAGAACUCUCUUAUUAUCCAGGAGACAAAUCAUAUAUUGAAAUGUCUAUAAUUGUCCAUCAGUUCAGUUUAGUUAUUCCAUUCAUUCCCAGUCAUGUCGAGUUAUUUAAAAAACAAAACAAAAAAAAACAACCUUUGAUGGACUGAGAUGUUGCAUAUUAAAAGCAAGGCUCUUUAUACAUAACUAGAGGAAGGUAAGAAUGCAUCACUUCAACUCAUUUUCUAUUGUUAAGUUUGUUGAUUUUUAGCACCCAAGUAUUUUGAGUCGUUGAAUAUUAUUUCUCCAGACCUAUUCUGCACAUGUUCAUGACCCGUUUCAUCUUUGUGUGCAAGGAGAAACAAGUUCCUGUGGUUGGUGUGGUUCAUUGAGAGCAAUGGUUGACCUUUACACUGUAAUGAUGUCUGUGAUGCAAAUGACACGCAUGAAAGUGGAUGUAGAAAAAGAAGGUGAUAUUAAACAUGUGAUGGUCAGAUAUCAGUAUUGUUGCUUGGGGAAAGAGGAAGGCGUCUGUUUAAAAUGGGCUUAGGCAGUAUCACAUCUUUUUGAAUCUGAAAGAAAAGGUUUUAAAGGAAAGGUCUGCCUAUUUGAAACAUACUGAGAGGGUCGACAACAGUAAUAAUAAGAAAAGAUCAGUAAUCCAGUUUUAUUAUGUGUCUUCGCCUUACUUAUUGCCAUAAGGUUAGUCACAUUUUUACAUAAAGAUUUUGCUGCACAGUCUUCGCGUUGGCUGUUUCGAGUUGUAUGUAGCCUGAAUAAGGGAAAACAUGACCAUCUAGCCAAAGAUGAGUGUGAUUAAAUAUCCUCACUGCUGUCUAAUAAACUUUACCGGUUUGAGUUAAGUUGUGAAACAUUGGGAAUGGUGUUGUAAUGGUUUUUCUCUGUGUCUGUUUGAGGGAAGAUCAAUGCAGUGUAUGUUGAAUUAGUGAAAGCCUAAACGUAUUUAAGUCAUUCAAAUAAAAGCCUCAAUCAUGUGCAAUA